CUCCCCCGGCCCGUCGAGGCCAUGGCGGCCAUCCAGAACCUGCAGCUGUGGUGCAAGCAGCAGUGCGAGGGCUACCGCGAUGUCAGCAUCACCAACAUGACCACCUCCUUCCGCGACGGCCUCGCCUUCUGCGCCAUCCUCCACCGGCACCGGCCCGACCUCAUAAACUUCAGCUCCCUCAGUAAAGAAAAUGUGUACGAGAACAACAAGUUGGCUUUUCGAGUGGCGGAAGAGGAGCUGGGGAUCCCCGCCUUGCUGGAUGCAGAGGAUAUGGUUGCUCUGAGGGUACCAGACAGGCUGAGCAUCCUCACCUAUGUUUCCCAGUAUUAUAACUACUUCCAUGGACGGUCUCCUAUUGGAGGCAUGGCUGGAAUCAAGCGUCCUUCCUCUGAACCUCAGGAGCAGCCUCUUGGGAAGAAAGCUGUUGCAGAGCCUCCUAAGCCAGUGCCACCAAAACUGCCUCCUGCCCACCCACCAGCCAGAGCUAAGCCAAAAGAAACCUCCCCAGUCACCAGGAAAGGGGUCCUGGCAGAGAGCGGGAAUAUCCCUAGCAGCAGCUGUGGGAUCUGCGGGAGCCAUGUGCACCUGGUGCAGCGCUACUUGGUUGAUGGGAAGCUCUAUCACAGGAACUGCUUCAGGUGCAGGCAGUGUUGGAACGUGCUUCUUCCUGGAAGCUACAAAGCUGGGCCUGAGCCUGGUACGUUCAUCUGUACCAGCCACCAGCAGCCAGACAGUGUCCAGGUCUCCGGUCUCCACAGCACCGGGAACAAACCUGAGAGUACCCCAGCCUCUACUGCUGCCAGGGCAUUCCAGAAAGCAGCAGAACCCAAGAAACUGGAGCAGGUGUUGAAGAAACCCAGCCAGGAAGGCCUUGCUAAUUCAACCAAGCCAUCUGUUUCAUCUUCUGGAAGCUCUGGCUUCAAAAGUGUAAAUACUCCAUGGUCCUCUUCAGCUGUAAAUAAAUCAGAUGACUGCAAAGGUACCCCGUUGGGAAAUAAAACAGAUCACCAUGAAGGUACCCCAUCAGGGCCUCUUCGGACAACCUCCACAACAAAAACACAGCAAGCCCGAGAAAAUUUUUUUCGGUCAUUAGAGUCCUCCAGCAAUAAAACCUCUGACACUAAAAAACAAGUUCCUUCUUCUCAUGGCCCUAGUAAAACUGCCUCUGCCAGAACCACUACUGAGGUCAGUCCGGUGAAUGCUGAGAAGGAUCAGGCACGUAACCAUAUUAUACAGGCUCUGGCUGGAUCAAACACCUCUCCAAACAGGCCAGGAGGUCUCAGUUCCACUGGCUCCUCAGCAUCCAGCAGUGGCAAGUUUUCUCCCACCAGUUCUCAGUGGCAGAGUCCAGCUCCAAAAGCACAGUCCAGCAAAACAGGGUACACAGCACUAAAACAGGAAAAGAUUACAGACCCUCUGCCCAAGAGCCAGGCUGCCAGCAAACCUGUUGACUCUGUGCACAAGCCAGAGUCAAAAGGCAUCAAAGGAAGUAUGAACGUUGGUGAAGACAAGUCUGAGAGCCCAGCAGAGUGGAGAUCUCGGUUGAAGCCUGUAGCCAACAAAGACCAAGGUGGCUCUAAGAAACCUACUGAUAACUUCCAGGUGGGAACAGGGAGCCCAGCACACAAGGAGACAAAGCCAAGUCCAUUAGUUGUCCCACCAGCAAAGCAGGACUCUGCUUCAUCUGGUGGAUUCAUGAAGAAGAAGUUGAUCCCCAGCUCAGAUCUUAUCAGGAGCUGUCAGAAUUCAAAGCAAGGCUGGGAAGACCCUGGGGGCUCUGCCAAGAAGGAGGAAGAAGGCAACGAGUUGAAGAAAAGCACUACCACAUUUAAACCCUCUGUUCCGAAAAGCACCCAGAGCCCUGAAGCAGUGUCCCCAACCAAGCUGCACCCAGACUACCUCCCCGAGGAGAAAAUCCAGGAGAAGGUGCGUGACAUCGAGAAGCAGCUGGAUGAGCUGGAAUUGAAAGGAGUGGAUCUGGAGAAGCAGCUGCGUGGCUGCGAGGGAGAUGAGUCCGAGGAUGCCCUCAUGGUGGAUUGGUUCAAACUGAUCCAUGAGAAACAGCUGCUGCUCAGACAGGAAUCAGAGCUGAUGUACAAGAUGAAACAGCAGAAGCUGGAGGAGCAGCAGUGGAACAUUGAGACGGAGCUGCGACACCUCAUGAGCAAGCCAGAGGAACUGAAGACACCCAGGGAGAAGGAGCGAGAGAAGGAGCUGCUGGAGUCGUACCUAAACACGGUCAAUGAUCGGAAUAAUAUUGUGGAGUGCCUGGAUGAGGACAGACUCAGAGAGCGAGAGGAGGACCAGAUGUUGGCAGACAUGAUCCAGAGGUUGGAUGGAUCUCUCGAGAGCCAGGAGCCAGAGAAGAAGAAGAACAAGUUCCGCUUGUCCAAAAUAUGGAAGCAGAAAAAUAAGAGUAAAGCUCAGGAGUGAUGUUACUUUGCCCAGUGGCCCAGAGAGGGCCAUCAAAGGUACGUUCCUUCCUCACUGUUGCUUUCCUGGAGUCGUGCAGGACUGUGAUGAGGCUCCUCUGCUCCCUGACACGGAGGCUGCAGGUUUGCAGACCAAAGGGACAGUGUGAAUCCCCUCUGGCCCUGGUAUGGGGCCCAAGGAUGCCUUUCCCAGAAGAUGGACUUCUAAGACUGUUUUCCUUCUUUGGAUCUAGCUCAGAGCUGGCCUCAGCCUCGUUGGCAGCUCAGGAGGGCAGGGCCAAUUUGCCCAUCCACUGCUCGGGUCAUUACAGUCCUGAAUGCAGGAGCAUGGCACUGCGUGUCACUCCACGGUGCCCCACUCGUGUCAGCCAGGGCUGCACCAAGGAUGCUGCGCUGGUCUGCGAAAGGGCCAUUCUCCCUCCCUUCCUCCCUCCCUGUGUGUGCUGUGGCUCUUUGGCCAGGAUCAGAGAUGCAGAGAGGGAGGUGCUAUGGCACAAGAGAGAUUGAGGGUCUCCCCCUUAUUACACCAGUGCAAACUGGAGCUGCAGGCCCCACAGCCGGGGGGAGGCAGAGAGCAGAACCACCUCUGUAUCUGUGGGGUGGGAUGUCCUAGACCCAGAGCGGUUUCAGCAAUAGUGCUCUGUUUCCAGACCUCCUUUUGGGAGUUGCUAUAGGCUGGUUUCUCAAAGCCAUCAGGGGUUGCUCACUGCUUCAUUCCCUCUGUGGGGGAGAUUUGUAGCUUCCUUAUUUCUCUGACUGCAUAGUGAAGCAGGGUUUUCAUUGUCUGUGGCCCAUCCUGCUGAAAAUGAACAGAAGUCGUCUUUUAACAACCUGGUGCUAACUGGGAGCAGAAGGGAAUUCAUGGGUUUUCCUCACUCAUGAGUCUUCUGCAUGGGACCAAUAUUUCAAUUCCUGAGGCUCCGUCCCUGGACAGCCAGCGCCCUCAAGGGGUGCUGCGGUUCACCUUGGUGAGACCAGGAGAAUACGAGCAGGUCCUGGGCUAUUGGCAGUGAGUCUUUCUGCUCUUCCUCAGUCCAGUGACUGCAGCCAGACACCUGCCCUGUGUGGCAGAAUCCUCUCUUCCUAGUCAACCUGGGGAGCAGGGAUGUAGACAGGCAGGGAAAGAUCAGAUUAAUUUAUGAUGCCUCUAGCUCUGGUAUGUGUGGACUUCCCUCCUCCCUCCAAGCCAGGUACUUUGAGGUUUCUCCGGGUCCUGUUCUCCGGCAGGGCCUAGGAUUUUGCACGGAGGAGGUUUGCUGCCCGCUGUGCCGGGUGGCAAAGCAGAGGCGAUGCGUCCCUUACCCACGAGGUGGCAGUGGGACUCUCUGUCCCAGGCAGCCCGCCCUGGGCACCGCAGGGGUGUGCUCGGUGAGGUACCAAGUGCCCGAGGGGGUUCCUGGUGCCCACAGUGUGUGCCAUGUGUGUACAUAUGGUGGGUCACCCUGUACCUGCAUAUGCUUUUGUCCAAUAAAGAAUUGCU